CGCCUCGACCGCAGUAUGAACAAACCCUCGGGGCAUUCCUCGCAGGACUGACUCCAGGCUCUCCAGCCAUCAACCACCUAUCCUUCCGUCACCACUGCUCACUCUCCGCUCGUUGUCCAAGCUCUCGAUCCUUCUCUCCCAGCCAUGGAUCUUACCGGUCAAAAUGACUACCCCGCCGACUCGGCAUACAGCCCGCAGGUUAUCGACAACGACCAACAAGAAGAUACGACCGCCGUCCAGAACGGUCACCCACAGCAAGCCACGGCUACGCCCCCUUUAGAUCAUGACUCGAACCAGAGAUAUAAUUCCCCGAGUCUGUACCCACAACCCAAUUCAAGACCGGGCUCCGGCAUGGGCGGGCAUCCACAAACACAAUACCCGGAAAAUAGACAACCUCAACCCGCCAGCAAGAGCAGCGUAGUCAUUAAAGUCGGCAUGGUCGGGGACGCACAGAUAGGCAAGACAAGUCUGAUGGUGAAAUACGUGGAGGGCAGCUGGGAUGAAGACUAUAUCCAGACAUUAGGCGUCAACUUCAUGGAGAAGACCAUCUCAAUACGCAACACCGAGAUCACCUUCUCCAUCUGGGAUCUGGGAGGCCAGCGCGAGUUCGUCAACAUGCUGCCGCUAGUCUGUAACGACGCCGUUGCCAUCCUCUUCAUGUUCGACCUCACACGUAAAUCCACCUUGAACAGUAUCAAAGAAUGGUACAGGCAGGGACGGGGCUUCAACAAGACGGCAAUCCCGUUCCUGAUUGGCACGAAAUAUGACCAUUUUGUCAAUUUCCCCAGAGAAGAUCAAGAGGAGAUAAGCAAUCAGGCCAGAAGAUUUGCCAAAGCCAUGCGCGCCAGCCUGAUCUUCAGCAGCACAAGCCACAGCAUCAAUGUGCAAAAGAUUUUCAAAAUCGUCCUGUCCAAGGCGUUUGAUUUGAAAUGUACGAUCCCGGAAAUCGAGAACGUCGGCGAACCUCUCCUCCUGUAUCAGUCGGUCAAUUGACGCUGAUGGAAAAUCCCCUCCACCCCAGUCUUGUUGUUCUGCCGGGGACUGCUUGCCGGAAUGAAUUGACGACACAGCGCACGAUAAUGUUUUGUUUUGGACAGCAAGACUGAAGAGCCACCUAUCAAAACUCGGCAAUGGUAGUUGUCCAGUUUUCUCGGUCCGCACAUGCUAGAUAUGUGGAGGACUGUGAUUGAAAAAGUAUGGAGAGUGAUUGUAACGUUCGACACCGACACCGACACUAACACACGACACAAGGUUCAUGGUUCCCAGCACCAACAACAUACGCCAGACUCCCCUUUGACAUGCUGUCAUCCUAUUUUCCAUGGUCUUUCUGUCGAUUUCAGCACGGAACGGCGCAUUUGCGAGCGUGUUUGGUCGUGGUAUGGAUAUGAUCAGGUUGGAACUUGCAUUUGCACAGAGACGGGGGACGAUGGGAGCAUAUGGACAAGACUAGGACGAGACUAGGACUAUGGGCUCAGUGCAAAGGAAACUUGAGAGAAAGAUGCGGGAAAGGGACGUUCUCGACGAGGAAUCUUUUGAUAGAGAGAAAAAUCAAGGUCAACCUGCAACGGCCCUUGUCAGAGCUCCCGAUCCUGGGUUCGCAGAGUUGAGCUCCGAGCAGCCUGGGUUAGAAACAAAAAUGCAUCUGCUUAUGUACGAGUACGAGGACAAGCGAACUCGACCGACGCACCUUGAGCCAGAAUCCGACAUGCUUUACAAGCAAGGACACCUCAACGAGAGAAUGAGAAGGGUCUGAUCUGAUCCCCCGAGAUUUGC